AAUACCAUCAGCUGUUCAUUAUUUGUUGAGAAUAAUAUUGACGAAAACAAAUCAGAAUUUAACUUAUUUCAUCAAAAAUUAUCAUGGAAGAUUCAAUAAUUAAUAAACAGUCAGAUGUACUGUUAUCAUCGUUGAAAAAAAAUCAAUCAUCGCAACGAGAAAAAUUGGAUAAUUCUACAAUGGAAUAUGAUGAAGAUCGACGUCAAGAAAUGACAGCUUCAUACUCCGAAAUUUCUUUUGAUUCUCAGUCAUCACCACCUGUAUCGUCAUCAGAGCUUUGUUCUUUAGUUGAAUCUCCAGCACCUGACCGAGAUCUAGAUCAAGAAAAUCAUUUUAAAGAAGAGAAUUUAGAAAAAUAUAUUACUGAUAAUUUACCUAUUGAUAGACCUGAUAAAUUAAAAUUGAACAACGAUGAAGAGAAUGGUGAUCAUUCUGAUGUAGAUUCAUCAAAUUAUCGCAAAGCAAUGGGCUACCUUCGACUUGAAGGCACCGUGGUGCAGGAUGGAAACAUGGUUUUAUUUGUAGCUGAAGAUUUAGAAAAUAAAAUUAAACUGUCAAGUCCAGUUUGUGCAAAAACGAAAGGUGAUACACCAUCUAUUCCUGGAUCUAGAAGCACAACUCCUUGUCUGUAUAGACAAGCUUUAAAUCCACAGUUACCUUUACCAGCAGAUCAUAAUGUUUUGAAUGAAUUAGAAAUUGAAGCACGGAAAAUUGCUACGUCUGUAGAUUCUUUAACUGAAAAUUUAGCUGCCAUUUUACAUAGUGCUUCUGCAGUAACUGUUGAUUGUUUAGAGACAUACAGAGAUGCAGUUUGUAAAACUUGUGAUGGAGUAGACCACAAUAUUAAGUCAAUGUAUCAAUUAAUGGCCAAAUGUGAAGAGUUAUCUAAGUCAAUGGGAUCUAUUUAUAAAUUAGCUGAACAAAUUAAAUCUAUAAAAAGACUAUUAGAACUAUUUGAAAAUACUAUGAACAUGUAAUCAAAAAUUACGGCUACUGAUAAAACAAAGCUGGGUAAGCCUCAACUUUUUCAGAGCAAAGUGAGAAAAAUUUUUUCUUGAGUUUCAAAGGGGACCCAAAGUUUUUCUCACUUGCUCUUAUGGGAGUAUACUUUGCUCCCGGAAGCACAGAAUUGCCCAGCCCUCG